UAAUAUUACAAAAAUGGAAGUGAUCCAAAGACGUAUUCUAAUGUUUCAUAUAUUCAUAUAUUUCCUUGUUCAUACGCAAUUCAAAGCUGUUGGUUCAUCACUUGAUAAUCAAGCCUCUAGCUCAUCUAUUGAUCUAAAACGUCAUCAUCACUUUACCGUAGAAACGAUGUCGUUUCCAAGUGAUUUUGUGCGGAGACAGCUAGCUGGUGGAGGUGGUAGUAGCGGUGGUGGUGGUGGUGGAGGCUCUCGAGGUGGUUCUUCAGGUGGAGGCAGUAGUGGUGGAGGAAGUCGUGGCUCAAGUGGAGGAGGAAGCUCAAACCGUGGUGGCGGUGGUGGUACUGGAGGAAAUAAGGGUGGAAAAGGUGGAGGGGGUACUAAAGGAAGCCGUGGCAGUGGCGGCGACGGUGAAGAUGGUGAUAGUGGAGGAGGUGGCGGAAAUAGUGGGAACAAUGGAGGUGGAGGACGACAAGUUCCGGUUGUUCCAGGUGGGAGAUUCCCAAGUAGUGAUGGUGUCCGAGUUCAAUAUUCUUUAGUGUUGUUCUUCUUCACGACAUGUUUAGUUAUUAUGUAUUUAUUAAACUCAUCUAUCGCUUUUAAUUAGUUAAAUU